GCUUAAUGGAGUACGGACACAUCCGGUAAGAUACAGCGCACGCGCAGAGGCAGCGCGUUGCGUAAAGGUUCAGGUGAUAUUUUGUAAAUUAAAUUGGGUCUAAAUUUUUCAGAACAAGUCAGACAAGGUGGGGCAAUGGCAGUGGAAGACGAAGAGAGUCAGAACAAGGGUUUUAAGCUUUUAGGAAUCCUCGACGUCCAGAGCACUCCUUGUUCCAGAGAGGCUAUCCUGCAUGGAGCUGGAGGCUCACUAGCUGGUGGCCUGCUUUAUUUUCUUGCUACGAGUCGGGUGAAAAGGUCUUUUGAUGUGGGAUUCGCUGGUUUUAUGCUAACCACACUUGGGUCUUGGUUUUAUUGCAGGAUGAACAAUGCUAAACUACGUGUGCAGCAGAGGUUGAUCCAGGAAGGCAUAAAGAACAAGGUCGUGUAUGAGGGAACUGUUUUAGACCCCACACAUAAACCCAAAGCAGAAGCACCUUCAGGCCCUUCAUGAUCACCAGCACCAAAACUCAUCUUCCUUCUCAGUAAGGAUUUGGAGAACAUGAUAUUAGAUAUUAUUAUUAGCUAAAGAUUAUUUAAAAGUGAUGUUUUUUGAUGUUGUUUUAGUUUUGUUCAGCAGCAGAACAAUGGAGUCUAUAAAAAGCCUGCUUUAUGAGCAGUUUGUUUUGGAAACAUCAAGCCCUGAGCACUCAAGUCAAGCUCCACCUGAAACAUUUCCAAUGUUUUUUGACUGCUGCUCUCAGCGGGUAUCUGAAUCCUAAAACAAAAUCUCUGGAAUUUUCUUUAUUUUAAAUGUUCCAUCCAAAUAUUGAUAGUAUAAAUUCGGUCAAACCCUGUCAUGCCUAAAUUGAGUCUGUUCUACUGCCUAAAAGUUUAUUCAACUUCUAAAUAAUGUUAGACAGUUACCAGUGUGUUGAUCUCAGUCUGUAAUGUUCCCCUGAAUCUGAACUGUUUGUCAUACUGAACUGGCGUAUGACAUGUUUCUGUUUUUAAAGACUGUAAUAAAGACGUCUGUUAAAAGGCAAAUCUUCUCACAAUCA